GAGCUGCGGGCUGGAGUACACGCUACUACCCGCAUGGGACGCAGACAUGGACGGCAAUCGUCGGCACUAUGAGCGAUGUGAGUCACGUCUUUCAAGUUCGGUUCUGGCGUACCCCUAUUCUCCCCACUGCCUUUGCGAGGCAGGCUGCAUGUUCAGCAACAAUGUUCUGACGUCCCGUCGUCUCCCUCUCCGUGGGUUGUUAUGUUGGUAGCUCGCCUCGAUACAUUGGUCACCAUGCUCUUUUGGCUCGCCUUCAUCGGCGCGCUCUUCAUGAUCAUUCGCUCGUUCCUCACAACUGCUGGGCUCCUCAGUCCAUCCGCCGCCAGUGGGGGUGGAAGACCUGGGGGCAACGGUGGUGGCAGAGGAAGUGGAGGAUGGUUCCCUGGAGGCGGAGGUAGCGGCGGACCGUCACAUCAUUCCUCGAAUCCGCCACCUCCUUACACCAAAUACGAGCAGCAGAACAAUCCACCAAGCCAUCCGGGGCAAGAAGGCACAGGGCCUGGGGCCGAGGGUGGCUGGUGGCGCCCCGGCUUCUUGACUGGUCUUGGUCUCGGCGGGAUUGGUGCGAGUCUGUAUGCGUCCGCCGCGCGGGAAAGGGAGCGCAGGCGGCAGGCGAGCUGGGAUUGGGAUCGCGGCGGAAGGUCGUAUGGUGGUCCAGGCUGGGGAGCCGCGACGGGUUUCGGCGGAGGGGACAGCUAUUGGCCAGGCUCUAAUCGAGGCGCGGGAAUAUUCGAUACAGACGGCUUUGGGCGCGGUCCUGGUAGAUUCACGGGAGGGGGAGAUGAGCCUGGACCAAGUAGACGUAGCUCGUCCAGAGAGGAUAUGAGGACUAGCACUGGCUUUGGCGGCACGAGCUUCAGGUAGAUCGAGCGUCCGAAUGUAUACACUGU